UCCAUCAGAAAGAACUCAAUUUUUCAGGGGCUUUGCAAUAUAGCACCGCUCUGAGACGGAUGCUGUGAUGGCAGAGAGCAUUUCAUUUUUCUAAGUAGAAAUCAUCACUUUGCCUAAAUAAGUGAACUAUGAAGUUCUACAACUGCAUGUUGUUAUUGUCCCUGGUACUCUGUGUCAGUGCCCAGAACUGGUUCACUAAUGCUGGAGCAUUCGUAAGGGAUGCUUAUCGAGGCGCUGAGGAUAUGUGGCGUGCAUACAGCGACAUGCGGGAAGCGAAUUAUAAAAAUGCAGAUAAAUAUUUCCAUGCUCGUGGGAAUUAUGAUGCUGCCCAAAGAGGGCCUGGCGGUAAAUGGGCAGCAGAAGUUAUUAGUGAUGCUAGGGAAGGUUGGCAGGGUGGCAUUAGUGGCAGAGGAGCAGAAGACACACGUCAAGACCAGGAGGCAAAUGCAUGGGGCAGAAGUGGAGGAGACCCAAACCGCUACAGACCAGAGGGCCUUCCCUCAAAAUACUAAUGCAGUCUGUAAUACUUUACAGUGGUUCAAUUUUUCUACCAGCUGUGCAAAACCACAAUAAAUACAAUCUUAAAUUUC